AUGGAUCAGUUGUCGGCGAUCAGCGAGGACCUGGCCGAGAUCGACGGACAAAUCGCCGACAAUUUCCGCGCCCUAUCAAAUGGAUUUCAGAAGUUGGAGAAGAUUAAGGAUGCGAAUAGAAAGAGCAGGCAGUUGGAAGAACUCACGGAGAAAAUGCGAGAAUGUAAACGGCUUAUCAAGGAGUUCGAUAAAGAAGUCAAAGCUUUGGAGAAUAGCUUCGAUAGAGAAACCAACAAAAUGUUGAAUGAGAAAAAGCAGUCAAUGAUCAAAGAAUUAAACUCAUAUGUUGCUUUGAAAAAGCAGUAUGCUACAGAUAUUGAGCAUAAGCGAAUUGAACUCUUUGAGGGGCCAAGUGAAGGUUUUGCUGAAGAAAAUGGCUUGCUAGCAUCCUCAAUGACAAACGAACAGUUAAUGGAUCAUGGGAAUAGGAUGAUGGAUGAUACAGAUCAAGCCAUUGAAAGGGGAAAGAAGAUCGUUCAAGAAACAAUAAAUGUUGGUACAGAGACUGCAGCAGCUCUUAAGGCUCAGACGGAACAAAUGAGCAGAGUUGUCAAUGAGCUAGAUUCGAUCCAUUUCUCUUUAAAGAAAGCAUCGCAAUUGGUCAAGGAAAUCGGUAGGCAGGUUGCUACUGACAAGUGUAUUUUAAUCCUACUUUUCCUUAUUGUCAUUGGAGUAAUUGCUAUUAUUGUUGUAAAGCUUGUGCACCCGGACAACAAGGACAUUCGUGACAUUCCAGGACUAGCUCCUCCAGUGCAGAACCGAAGACUGCUUUGGAGUCACAGUUGA